CCCAGACGUUAGCGACGAGAGCUGGGAGCGCUUCCCCGUCUCCGCGACGUCGAGACCAUCCCAAAGUGUGCCGCUUUCGUCCAUCGCAAGCCAUUGUUUCGUAGUGGCGGCUGAGUGGCGAUCUUACCCUGUGGAUGUGGUCUCAUGAACGAAACUCCGGUCGCCGAUAUGUAAUGCCCAGUUCAUAUACAGGAUGUCUCCCUCAUCUCGCGUGGGCCCGGUCUUGUUGAUGGGGGGGUUCUUUCGCCGUUGUGACACCUGGACGCCCAUGCAACGACCGGCUUCAACCACACACCGCAUGCCGUCGCAUCGUUUCUGAGAAUGAAGCAAAUCGUGCGGGUCGCAAUCGUCCUGCUGUUUGCCGCGACGGCACAGGCGAAUGUGCCUAGCUUGAACACGACUGAGAUCACAAAGCUACUCGCGACGACGCCAAAAUGUGCGAUGCCAUGCUUCGUCGAUGCGUUCCAUUCUGGUAAUUGCACCCUCGAGGGGUUGACGGACUGUGUCUGCACCAAUAUUCCUCUGCAAGCCCGUGCCUCGGCAUGUAUACAGCAAGCUUGCGAAUUCGAUGACCAAGUUGCCACUGCCCGUAUCUCGCAACAAUUAUGUGAGGGCUAUCCUUACCCGGACCGCAGAAGGUUCUCCAAGGUUUUCUCCAUUGGCCUACCCGUUAUCACGAUCCUCACGGUAGCUCUCCGAUGCCUGGCCCGAUUACAAGUCACGAACCGACUGUGGUGGGACGACUGGACGGCACUGAUCGCUUUGGCAUUUUUGAUAGUCAUGUCAGGCCUUGGCUACGCAAAUGCCGCAAUGGGAUUCGGACUUCACUAUUGGGAUAUUGACCCGGGAAAUGGCAAGACUAUUUUGCAGAUUUUCUAUGUAUUGCAGAUGCUUUACAUCUUUAUUCAAGUCUUUGCCAAAGCCUCCAUUGCCUGCUUCUACUCCCGCGUGUUCACCAACCAGAAGUUCCGCCUGGCAGUCAAGCUCUUCAUGGUGUUUUUGUUCGUCCACGGUUUCAUGUUCUUGCUGUUGAUGGUAUUUCAAUGCCUACCUAUCGAGUCGAUCUGGGAUCGAUCUAUCCAGGGUCGUUGCCUCAAUGUUUCGGCUAUCAGCUACGGAGGCGCUGCUUGCAGUAUCCUGGAGGAUAUUAUCCUGAUUGUCAUCCCUAUUCCAGAACUGAUGAAGCUUCAACUGGGAAAGAAGAAGAGAACGGCAUUGGUUUGCAUGUUUGCUAUUGGAUCCUUUGCUUGCGUCGCGAGUAUGAUUCGACUUAAAUACUUGGUCUCAUUCGCUAAUUCAUUUGACUCUACUUGGGACAACGUCGACGUCGUGCUAUGGUCAUCCGUCGAGCUCAACCUCGCAAUCAUCUGCGGCAGCCUCCCAGCACUACGACCUCUUUUCAAGAAAUUGCCAAUCUUCUUCACCACUAUCAGAUCAACAAUACAGACCGGAACGCACCGAAGAAAAUCGCAAGCACAGUCCACCACAGCCGUUCGGAAGUCUCACCAUUCCCAUGCCUCACAUGGAUCGAGCACCCAGUCAUCGCCCUGCAACUCUCCACAAAAGCCACAAGCAGUCAAGUUGAGAGACUUCGGGGGCAGUUCGACAACAUGUGAUAAGGACACACAUUAUUCUCUUGAGAUGACGACUGAUGAGGAGAGCAAGGAUGACUUGGAAAGACAGGACUGGGCACGAGCGUAUGGGAAAUAGGGGUCUGAUGUUGCUGUCUGAUGAAGAAGGAACGUCUCUAAUGUGUAAUGAUCAGCGAUGUAUGUUUUAGCUUUGGAGAGCAAAUGAGAUGAAUCAGUUCAAAAUCUCAUCAACAAUCACCUAUCCUGGCCCUGCGGUGAGAACAACAAAAGUCUGUGGGACAGGUGCAAAGACAAAUUCAACAACACAAUGUACAAUGUUACACUGCCAAAGUCAUGAUCACUUUCGAAUUGAUAAGUCUGUCGUGGAUAGAUGAUUUGAGUAAUGAAAAAUGCAGCUGGGACAUCGUUGUCUCUAUCUUUGGGCUUCAGUUCUCAUCAUUUUGACUGUAAGACUCUGCAUCAUGAAUUGUGAUCUCAACAAGGUCUUUUCUUAUGUCAGGCGUGAGAUAUUCAUGAG